AUGGUUCUUACGGGUCAUUUUAUUGAUCGUGAUUGGAAACUCCAAAAGCGAGUUUUGAGUUUUGUUCAUAUACCUCCUCCUCGAAAAGGCAAAGACAUAGCAAAUUGCAUUUUCAAAUGUUUGAAGGAGUGGGAUAUUGAGAAUAAAGUUUUUUCGGUUUCGGUUGAUAAUGCCACUGCAAAUGAUUCAUGCAUACAAAUUUUAAAGGAUACUUUCUCACUUACAAAGAGGUUGUUAUGUGGUGGAGCAUUGUUUCAUGUACGUUGUUGUGCACAUAUAUUGAAUAUUAUGGUGCAACAUGGUCUCAAGCAAGUCAAAACCAUUGUCAAGAAUGUUCAUGAUAUCGUAGAUUAUCUCAAUGGGAGUGAAGCGAGAAUGAGAAAAUUUGCGGAAAUUGUCCAACAAUUCAAUCUUAGAGAGCGGAGGUUGGUUCUUGAAUGCAAGACUAGGUGGAAUUCCACUUAUGAUAUGUUAUCAUGUGCCAUCAAGUUUAAGGAGGUAUUUUCUAGACUUGCUUUGGAGGAUAAUGAUUAUGUUUAUUGUCCUAGUUCUGAUGAUUGGCAAAAGAUUGAAAAACUUCUUGAUAUCUUAAAAGUGUUCUAUGAUACCACAAAUGUUAUCUCAGGAUCUGAAUACCCCACUUCCAACUUUUUCCUUAGUGAAGUUUUUUACAUCAAAGAAAUGUUGGACAAAAAUUAUUGUUCUCCCGACCCUUUUGUUAAAGAUAUGGUGAAAAACAUGAAAGAAAGAUUUGAUAAGUAUUGGGGUGAAUGUAAUUUACUCAUGGCUAUUGGUGGGGUGUUAGACCCUCGUUUGAAAAUGAAGGUGGUUGAAAUUACAUUUCCUCAUAUGUUUCCUUCCAAUCUUGUUAGGGAGAACAUUAAUAAGGUUAAGGAUACUUUGUAUGAGUUAUAUGAUGAGUAUAAGGCUUUGUAUCCUCCUUUGGAAGAACAUCAUGGAGAAAGUAGGAGUGGAGCUCCACUUGUAGUUCAAGGGGGGAGCCUUCCGGGGAUGUCAAGGGUUUUACAAGUUGUUAGAAGUGGGAUAAGAGUGGAGCCUAGAAAAUCAGAACUUGAUGUAUAUCUUGAGGAAUGUACAACAACUGAUGAAGGACAUAGGUUUGAUGCCUUAAAUUGGUGGAAGGAAAGAGCUAGCAAAUUUGUUAUUUUGUCUAUAUUGGCUGCUGAUGUGUUAGCUAUUCCUAUUACCACUGUUGCUUCAGAGGCUACAUUUAGUGCUGGGAGCCGAGCUAUUGAUCCAUAUCGAUCUUCAUUGCUUCCAGAAACCAUGCAAAUGUUGAUUUGCACGGGAGAUUGGUGUAGGUCCACUUUUGGAAUCAAGAGAAAGAACAAAUUUGUUGAUGAAGAUGAACCAAAAGAAAUCAUGAUUCCUAUUCCAUGA